CAAUGAUGCGUUUAGUGGGAAGUGGUGUGAGGUAUAUAUACGAUCAUCUUCUUCAAACCACUGUUGAGUUUAGGGUUUACUUCCAAACGCUGAACAAAAUCGCAGUUCCUUCCGUACAUUCUCGGAAAACCCUCGACGCCCACUAAUCCGCGGAUCAAGUAUGGACAAGAGCAUGUUAGCGGAUUUGGACUCGCUUCCCGAGGCAGAUAAGCAACGAAUGUCUGCCAUGAUCGAUCAGCUCCAAAUCCGUGACAGUUUGAGAAUGUAUAAUUCACUGGUUGAGAGGUGCUUUAAUGAUUGUGUGGACACGUUUAAGCAUAAAUCUCUGCAAAAGCAAGAGGAAACCUGUGUUCGAAGAUGUGCAGAGAAGUUUCUGAAGCACUCUAUGCGGGUUGGCAUGAGGUUUGCGGAGCUCAACCAAGGAGCUGCAACACAAGAUUGAUGUUUGUUAGCAUGUUCCAUUGGAAAACUGUUAAUUCAGUAUUAUUACUUUGAUUGCUGUUCGAUUACUCACAUUUUUGGUCUUGAAAAAUGAGAUCUUGGAAAGAAUACUAAUUUGCUAUUUUAAUACACAAUAAUCCUUGCUAAAUAAAUUACUGCUGCUGCAAUCA